CUCUAGGUUGGAGUGACUAUUAGGAAAAAGUGCACAUUUUCUCUUCAUUAAAAGGUCACCUCCUCCCUCAUUUUUUUGGCUUCUACUAUAUUCUCAAAUCUCACCUCCCCUUGACUCCUUCUCUCACCCACCUCCAUCUCAUCAAAACUCUCCCACUUCUCUUUCUCACAAUCUCACUCCUCUUUUUAAUACCCAAUUCACUAAUUUCAUCCCAUAUAAUACCCAUUUCCCCAAUCUUCAAACCCCACUUUUUCUUCCAUUUCUCAAUCAAAAAACAUGAAAACUUUAAUUGAUCAUUCAAUUCAAACACCCAUUUUACUCUUCUCACCAAUGUUUCUCCUCAUUUACCUUUGUGGGUAUUUCUUAAUCUUCAAAAAUUGGCCCCCAAAAUUUCGCCCAGAAGCUGCAAGUUGCUUCAUCUCCUUCUUCCAUGGCACCCCAGCUGCAAUCCUAUCCAUUUCUUCUCUCUUAAACUCCCACCAAAACUACUUUUCCCCAAAUACCCAUUUCCAAAACAUGAUCCUUGAAUACAGUAUUGCUUAUUUCAUCAUGGAUUUGACCCAUUACCUAAUCUUUUACCCAUCUGAUCUUAUGUUCAUUGGGCAUCAUUUGGCAACUUUGUUUGUGUUCAUUACUUGCAGGUUUCUUGUAUCUCAUGGUGCUUUUUCCAUUCUAGUUCUUCUGAUUCUGGCUGAAAUCACAAGUUUACUGCAGAAUAUCUGGACUUUAGCAAAUGGAAGGAGAACAGAUUCAGAAUUUGCUGCAAAUGUUUACUUCUUCCUAUCACCUCCAUUUUAUGUAUUGUAUACCAUUGCAAGAGUAAUUUUAGGACCUUUGUUUAUGUAUAAAAUGGUGAGUUCUUUCUUGAGAGGUGAUGCUAAUGGUGUUAUUCCAACAUGGGUUUUUAUUUCAUGGAUUGGAGUAAUUGGAACUGCAAUUUCUGUUAGUAUUUUGUGGAUUGGAAAUUUAUGGGUUGAAUUUUUUAGAGAAUGUUGUAAUAAAGGAGUUGAGAAGAAAGUUCAAUAGAGAGAGUAGAGUUGGUUCACAAUUACUACAAUUUACAAGUAAUACUUCCUAUAUACUUAUAUUAAUUUCUCAUAA